AUGUUGGAUAUUUCGCCAUUUUUGCCAUCUGAAGAGAAAAAAAUCGAAUCCUUCAGAGGAAGUUUCGUCUCUGUGACUUCGAACGAUGAUAUACAGUACAAUGGUGUUCUCCAUCAAAUCAAUCUCCAAGAAGCUACUCUAUGUAUAAAGAACGUAACACGUUGUGCAAAAGAUGAGAUUCAGAGGGACGAUCUACAAAUCCUUCCUCAGACAAAUACUAAUUACAGGUCACAACUUCCACUCUCUAAUGAGUUUUACGAUCAUAUGGUCUUUCAUGCAAGUGACAUUAAGGAUCUCAACAUUAUAUCUCAAGCAAAGCAGAGUGAAUCCAUCAUUGGCCAUUUCGUGAGUGUGAUUACCACAGAAAAUCUUACUGUUAUGGAAGUGAGGGGAGGAGAAGGAGGAGACGCAUCAGAUCAUGCAAUCAACUUAGUGAUCCAGUUAACUUCCGAUUCAGAGAUAUCAUGGCAAGUAGCACUUUCUUCCUUUCUAAUCAAUGUUCAUACUAAAGAAUUUACAAUCAAAUUGCAUUUUACAGGAUUAUCUCUUUGA